AUUAGAAAAAAAUGUGAAGAGCACAUCUAAAAUAUUGUGUUAACUAUAAAUUGUGUUUUUAUAAUUGAAAAUAAGUUAAAAAUUACUAAAAAAAGUUUUAAAUAAACUAAUAAAACUAGACAAAUUUGCAUUUUAUAAAAGUGCUAAAGAAUAAGAAAGACUUUUUUCUUAUUCUUAUUUUUUACAAAACUACCAAGAUAUUCUAAGACGCAUUUAGAUUUUUAACCUCCAACUUAGGAAAAAUGGUUAAAAACUAUCAAGAAUGGAAUGAUGCUUCGUCAUCGGAUUCCUCUGACGAAAAAGCAAAUCCGACUGGCGCUUCACGUUCCUGCGAUCAUGUUAAAAAAGCUGUAGAUUCUACAAAACUGCGUAAAUUGUUAAAAACUACUGGAUUGGUCUUUGAGUGUGUACAGUGUCAGAGAUUGGGCGUUACCUCAGCAACUGCCGAGGCUUCGGAAACCGCCGAGUCACCGGGCGCUUUUGAAUAUGAUAACACUUUGUGGUUGUGCUUGAGAUGUGGCACCCAAUUGUGUGGACGUUCGAAAAAUAAACAUGCUUUGAAACAUUUUAAGACUCCCCAUUCUGAUUCCCAUGCCUUGGCUAUGAAUACGCGCUCUUUUGAAAUAUGGUGUUAUGAAUGUGACAAUGAGGUAAAGGCGGAUUCCCGCAAAAAUCUUUUAGAAUGCGUUGAAUUUGUUAAGGGUUUGGCUCAAAAACCCCCCGUAGCUGCAGCCAAUAUGGAAAAUAUUGAAAACAAAAUUUUAAGCACUUUUGAGUCCUUAAAACCUUUACUGUCCUCUGAGGAAUCUUCAACUAAUAGCUUAGCUGUAAGUGGCAAUAAAACUGCUAUACCCUUGCCACCGCCACCAUUACCACCCAUACCGGGCAUGGCUAAGCGGGUUAAUGAACCUUUGGUUACCUACAGCAACUACAAUAGCUUGCCAGUUUUAUCUACUGGUCCAGCUUCUGCUUCUACUAAGCCUGCUGUAACGGAACAAUUGCCCCGUGUUAGAGGUUUAACAAAUUUGGGUAAUACCUGUUUCUUUAAUGCUGUUAUGCAAUGUUUGGCUCAAACUCCUUAUUUGUUGGAUGUUUUAAAGGAAUCUGCCGAAGCCGGAGAAGAAUUUACUUUGCCCGGUGGUACUUUUAAGUCCAAGGAUGAUGAAGUUUUGGAAUUGCCACCUAUUAAAGGAAGUUUAUCCGCCUGGGGAGGUUUGACUGCUGCCUUGGCUCAAACUUUAGAAGAGCUGCAAUCGGGAGGCGGCGUUUUCAAUCCCAGUAAAUUGUUUCAUAAACUUUGUGCUAAAUGCCCUCAAUUUCAAGGAGGCGAUCAACAUGAUUCUCAUGAAUUAUUAAGACAUUUAUUGGAAAGUGUUAGAUCUGAAGACUUAAAGCGUUAUCAACGUGUUAUUUUACAAAACCUUGGCUACAAAGACCAGGAUAUCAAUUCUAUUUCUGAAGAUAUGAAACAAAAAUGCAAAAUUUAUGGCAAUCAAGCAGCCGAUCGUAUCUUACGUCCCGAACAAGUCUUUCGCGGUUUUCUUGUCUCGACACUGACUUGCCAAGACUGUUACAAUGUCAGCUCGAGGCAUGAAUAUUUCCUAGACAUGUCACUUCCUGUAAGUGUUGAAAAAUCUCAACCACCACAAAUACGACGAAAAACUUCACCCGACAAUGCCAACUCUUUCUAUCUGCACCCGGCUCCCAAUAACUCCUCACCUAGUGGUCCUACAAAGGCUCAAUUGAAAAAGGAACAGAAGAAGGCAAAAAGAGCAGCCAAACAUCAGCAUACAAAACUUGUGCAAAAGCAAAUAUUAAAUGAAAUUACUGGCGGGGAACGAGGUGAUGGUGGUGAUGCUAAAGCUGACGAUAGUACUUCUUCAGCUGUUUUAAUAGGUUGUGCUACACGUGAAGAGUCUGGUAGUCAGAAUGCCACUACAUGGUCAAAUUCCUCCUCGUCUGCUGAACAGUCUGAUGCAGAUGUGGAGGAUAAUCUUGUGGAUGAUAAUGAUAAAUGUUCAAAACCAUUAAAUACCUCAUCAAAUAAUGGCACGACUAACGAUCCAAAUGGUAAUAACCAAGUGGCUACAAGUCCGGUGGAGAAACGUGGUGAUUCACCGGAAAAUAUGGACAAGGAUUCAUUAGAUGAAGAUGAAAAUGACUCCGGCAUAGCCACUAGUCCAGCCAAUGCUGGUGCCAGUUUUCCUCCAUCUUCCGCCUCAAAUUCAGAGACUAACGGUGAUACUAUUGCUGCAGAAAGUGCAGGAACAAACAGUGUUUUAUCAUUGGGUCUCAGUGAGAAGGGAGCCAAUAUUGUACGCCAAUUAACUCUUAACGAUUUAAAUGCCACUACAACUACCUCGUCCAACUCAACGAAUGACACCGUCCCUACUCUAACCAACGGUGAGGUAAAGAUAAAUGACAACGAAGAACAAGUCGCUAAGACACUCAAUGAAUUGAAUUUGACCAAUGAUGAUAAUGAAGACAACAAAUUGGAAGAACAGAAAAAAGCGGCUCGUGCUAAAGCGAGACGUGUACGAACACAAAGUUAUUCAGACUGGAGUACUACUAUAGCGCCACGUUAUCAAUGCGAAGAUGGUGAAUGUUCAGUGCAAUCGUGUCUCAAUAAUUUCACAGCUGUUGAGUUGAUGACCGGAAAUAAUAAAGUCGGUUGCGAGUCCUGUACUAAACGUAUAAAUGGUGACGACCCUAAAGCUAAAACUGUCAAUACCAAUGCCACCAAACAGUUCCUGAUCUCUAGUCCGCCUGCUGUUCUAAUACUCCACUUGAAACGUUUCCAAUUGGGAUUACGCUGCUCGUUCCGUAAAUUAACACGUCCCGUCAGUUUCCCCAUGAUACUCGAUAUUGCUCCCUUCUGCGGUUCUAAAGUUAAAAAUCUACCCAAUAUUGAUCGUAAACAAAAGAAACUUUUGUAUGCACUCUAUGGUGUAGUAGAGCAUUCUGGUAAUAUGUAUGGUGGUCAUUACACAGCCUAUGUUAAGGUUCGUUCUAAGCUGAGUAGCGAUGACAAACGUUGGAAAUUUAUACCACAAGGCAGCAAAGCUGAAUUGGAUCAAGACGAUGAGCAACGCAAAAAAUUAGAGGAACUGUUGGCGCGGGAGAAGGCACGUGAUUUACGCAUGAAAGCUGCUAAUGACAGUGAUGAUUUCUCAACUUCUUGCACUAGCUCCGAUUCUUCAAAUACCUCCUCCUCAUCUGAACCAGAAGAAUCAUCCUCAACGCCUCAAUCUCCAGCUCAUGAUUCAACGGCUGGUGCUGCUGGUGGUUAUGAAGAAGCAAGUAAUGUUCAAAUGCCAUUGGGUAAAUGGUAUUAUGUUUCUGAUUCUCGUGUUACCGAUGCUAGUGAAAGUGAAGUUUUGAAUGCUCAAGCAUAUCUGUUAUUCUAUGAACGUAUUUAUUAAAUAUUUAACAACAACAGCAUUAGCUAAACAUCAAUGCAUAAUAACAAGACAGAGAGACAGACAUUAGUUUUUAUGGAAAUUUCUCUCUUCCUCUAAAUCAAAAGAGAGAUUUUUCAUCUAUUUUAAGGUUAUCCUAUGGCCACUCCCAACUUGAUGAUGAAAUAUUAAUUAUAAUCUAUUAUUCUAUUCCUUCUGCUAUUUACUAUAUAAACUCCUUUAUAAACAAAGUUCUUUCUUUUUAACUCAUCAUUUAUAAAGCAUUUUUUUUUUGUUAAAUUUUAAACAUUUAUAAUCAAGAAAACAUAUAAAACAGAAAACACUUUUAAUGACUUUUUAAAAAUCUUUAAUGUUUUGCUCAUAAUCCUUAUCCUCUGCCUGCUUAACUUUUAUUUCUUUAAAAAAUGCAUUUUCUUUUAGCCAAACAAAUGAAUUGAAUUUAAAC